AUGCUCUCUCUAUUCAGAACAGCAUCUCUACUUAAUUACAUGAAUAGAGCGCAACCCAAGAGAAUAUCUUGCUACACACCUAUCUUAGGUAGUCAGACGAUCUCCAUGUGAAGAAGCUGCGGGAAUCACAAGACGCCACUGGCCUUCAAGCAGUAUUGGAUUGAAGGCAACAUACCCUAUACCCUCCACACUCUUGUAUAGUUGUCCUGUAGUAGAUCUACUCACAAUAGCAUGUCUCACGGCAGAUCAAGUUGCUUUGGAUAGGCUAUCCGAGUUAGGCAUCACGGUCGGCAAUACAAUUUCAUCACAGAGCCUCGAGUGUGAAUGUUUCAGCAGGUCUUUCACAUGUAUAGAUAAAUACCCCGCCUCGUUCGUACACGCAUCCGUGCGGGGGGGCUUGCAAUAGAUUCAUCUUAGGCUCAAUUCAACGCGACGAGAUAGCCUCAGCAGCACCAGCGAACGCCGUUAUCCACCAUACGGAGAACGGUGACCACGGCAGAGUCAAUCUGAAUUAACAAGUAUUGCGGUACACAACACGAGUUACGAAAGAUCACGGCCAAAUGACGACCCUGGACCAAGCGCAGCCCCUUACAGUCCGCUGUCAAUGCGGACGCGUCACAUUCCCAACUCCAACGGCGACGCCGCUGAAGGUAUACUUCUGCCACUGCACCGAAUGCCAGAAGCAAUCCAGCUCCGCGUUCGGGACCUCGGCCAUCUUCCCAGUCGAGGGGCUGUUCCCGCUGUCAUCCGAGCUCGAGUCCAAGACAAAGAAGUACACCCGCGACACGGACAAGGGAGGCAAGAUGGACUGCUAUUUCUGCACAGAGUGCGGGUCUCGCUUAUUCCAUCGCAUCGUUGGGAAAGACGGCGUGCCAGGUUCGACUGUUAGUAUCAAGGGCGGGUGUAUUGACGGGCUAGACUGGUCGAAUGGCAGUCAUAUCUACGUACGGUCGGCGGUCAUCAAGAUACCUGAUGGAUGGGAGACGUACGAGACUGUGCCGCCUAACUUGCUGUGAAUGGACACAGGCCGUGUAAUUGAUUGUAAUAGGAAGCUGUCACAAAUGGUGGACUUAUUGGCUGUCUAAUGAGACGAC